CAAAAGUGUGUCUGCAACAUUACCAAAACGAAACCUUCCCCUUUGGUUUCCCAUUUACUUUGUGUUAUGUCUUGUUUUUUCGUUUUAAACUAAAUGUUUGGGCAGAAACAGAGAAGUAAUUUGUGUUAGUAUUCUCUGACUUGGUUUGAGAUGGAAAGAGAUUUUCUGGGUUUGAGCGACAAGAAGUAUCUGAGUAACGUUAAGCGCGAGGUUGAGGAUGAUCGUGUCGGAGAACGAGGACUGAGCAAGAAGAUAGCUAAACAAUGGGGAAAGGCAAAGCUCUUGCCUAAUUCAAGUUUCAUGCCUGCUGCUGCAGAUUUUCAGUGGUGCCCAGUUUCUGCGGCGGCCAGUACUCACCGCAGAAGCCAAUUUGGCAGCGGUGCGUUUCAAAACGUGAAUCCGCUUUUACUUGGCGGAUCAGUUCCCAUAACAAAUCAUUCCUCACUCCGUCCUGCUUUUAACUCGUCAACAGAUCCACGAGUGGCUUCAUAUCCUCAGCUCACAAUCUUCUAUGCCGGAACUGUUAGCGUCUUUAAUGACAUAUCACCAGAAAAGGCUCAAGCCAUUAUGUUAUCUGCUGGGAACGGUUUGAAAGGAGAAACUGGAGAGAGCGGUUUGAAGAAACCGCUUCGAGAAGCUGAGAGAGUCUAUGGAAAACAAAUCCAUAAAGCUACUGCUGCUGCAUCUUCAAGCUCUGCCACUUACGCUGAUAGUUUCUCUAGGUGUAAAGACAAACACGUUGGUGCUACUAAUGCAAUGACCAUGAUCGAAUCAUUCAAUGCAGGUCAUAGCAAUAUGAUUCCUUCAGUUCCUCAAGCUCGUAAAGCCUCGCUGGCUCGGUUCUUGGAGAAGCGCAAAGAGAGGAUCAUGAGUGCAAUGCCAUACAAGAAGAUGCUUCUUGAUUUGUCGACGGCAGAAUCUAGUGCUGCUUCUCAUACCUAAUACCUUCUUCCUGUUGGUCGUUUUUAAAUCUCUUGAAAUAUAAUCAAUAGAUUAUUAUUAUAUCUACCAUUUAUUAUGCUAAGAGCAGGAGAAGCGUUAGGCGUAUGUGUAUGAUCAUUGUUGUAAUGGUUGUUGUUAUGGGAUUAUUUAUUACAUCAAAUACUAACAGAUGUAUGUUUGUAAUGUCUGUCAAGAAUAAGACCGAAUAAAAAUCACUAUUAUUAAUAUUAUUUUCUGUAACGCAGUUGCAUUACGAUCAUCACAAAAAUGCUAAUAAAAUAGAUAGUGUUUGUC